UGGCCAUUUGGCGCGUGCGCACCGAGUGCGGGCAGCUCCGAGGACUCUAGAGGCAGUGCGGCCACUAACAUGAACUCACUUGACUCCGCAUCCUAGGACAUGACACAGGUGGCACAUCUCGGCCAUGGGAUCCCAGCAUUCCGCCUUCACUCGCCCUUUUUCCUACAAGCGAAAGAAAGAUGACAGAGAGGAUACACUGGAUGAACGGGAGCAGGAAGAAGCCAUUGCCCAGUUCCCAUAUGUGGAAUUCACCGGGCGGGACAGCAUCACCUGUCUCACGUGCCAAGGGACAGGCUACAUUCCAACAGAGCAAGUAAAUGAGUUGGUGGCUUUGAUCCCUCACAGUGAUCAGAGAUUGCGCCCUCAGAGAACUAAACAGUAUGUCCUCCUGUCUGUCCUACUGUGUCUCCUGGCAUUUGGUUUGGUGGCUUUCUUCCUGUUCCCACAUUCAGUCCUUGUGGAUGAUGAUGGCAUCAGAGUGCUGAAAGUCACAUUUAAUAAUCGGGACUCCCUUGUAAUCCUUGCCAUCAAGGCCACCCUGAAAAUCAGGAACUCCAACUUCUACUCUGUGGCAGUGACCAGCCUGUCCAGCCAAGUUCAGUACAUGAAUACAGUGGUUGGGUCAUAUGUGACAACUAACACCUCCCUCAUUCCACCUCGGAGCGAGCAACUGGUCAAUUAUACUGUGCAGGCGGAGAUGGGAGGACCAUUUUCCUAUGUGUACUUCUUCUGCACAUUGCCUGAUAUCAAGGUGCACAACAUAGUGAUCUUCAUGAGAACUUCAGUGAAGAUUUCAUACAUUGGCCACAUGACUGAGAGCUCCUUGGAGACACAUCACUAUGUGGAUUGCGGAAAAAAUUCCUCAGCUGUUUAGAAACUGCUUUUGGUUCUUCCUUGGCAGCAUCUGUCAGAAGAGACACAGCAUCUGCUUCCAGGGCCUGAGUUCCGUACCUGCCGCAAGUGGUGGAAGUAAAGGAGAAACUGGUCCUCUUAAUCCCCAGCACACACCCUCCUGCCCCUUGGGAGGAAAACUCAACUCUCUAGCACCGUUGAUGUUUCUCCAAACCAGCAGAACCACUGCCCACCACCCAGUCUGUGCCCAGCAAAUAAUAGGCGCUCAAGGUGUGAAGAAUUUAAUUCAGAUCUUUUCAGCCAUUCUUAGAGCAGUGUAAAUCGGAAGCAUACCGUGGUACUAGGUCACAAAACCAGGGUUACAUGCAGAGAGGACUGUUGGCGCAGCUGCGCAGCUGUUAGCAGGACCCAUCUGCAGACAGGGCAGUGGGGGGAGGGGAUAUUUGAAUACACAAAAGAGAGCACAGACCAUUCUGUGAAAAUUUUUCAUCUCCCAAAUGCCUAGUAACUUUUUUUUUAAAAGCAGAACUCUUUUUCCUUGUAGAAAGUUCUAGUUGUUUAUACUAAGAGUCUAUGUGGGGCUUGAUUAACCCUUCAUCCAUUGGCUGGAACAUGGAUUGGGGAUUUGGUAGAAAAAUAAACC